AUGUCUAGUAUUUUAACUUCAACUUCCUCUUCACCAAACAAACAGUCCUCUAUAUAUGCUCUCGCUUCCAAUGAUGGACCAGGAACUAUCAUCACACAUGUAGUUCUCAAAGGAUCAAACUAUGAAGAAUGGGAUAAAGGGUUUCGUAUUUCUUUGGGUGCGAAACGCAAGCUGGGUUUCAUUAACGGUAAACUCUCGAAACCUUCUGAUGAUUCUUCUGACCUGGAUGACUGGUGGACUAUAAACUACAUGAUCGUUGCCUGGAUUUUUAACACCAUUGAUCCAGUUCUUCGUUCCUCAAUUUCUUAUUGUGACACCGCAUUUGAUUUAUGGGAAGAUAUCAGGCUUCGUUUUUCUCUUGGGAAUGGAAUAAAAAAAUUUCAGCUUAAAUCUGAUGUCGCCGGUUGCAAACAAAAAGAUGGAGAGUCUAUCCAAGACUAUUAUGGGAGGUUGAAGAAACUCUGGGAUGACAUCAAUGACUUUGAUGCCUUACCUUCGUUUAAGUGCUCAGGUUGUACCUGUGAUCUUAAUCUCACUCUACGUACUCGACGUAACAAUGAUCAGGUACGUGAAUUUUUAAUGGGUCUUAUACCCUAUUAUGCUAAUGUUCGUUCUCGUAUUUUGGGCACCGAACCACUUCCGUCUCUGCACACUGUGUAUUCUCGUCUCAUUCAAGAGGAAGAGGUUCGAUCUUAUACUCAGCCGAAGGAGGAUAUCGUUUCUCCAAUGGCUUUUCUUGCUCACGGCAAUAAGCCACAAGGAUCGAAAUCAGGAGCUGUUAAAACUCCGUUGAAGUGCACCUAUUGUGGUCAUAAUGGACAUCUUGAGGAUCGAUGUUGGGAGAAGCAUGGGUAUCCAGAUGGUCGCCAGCCCAGACGUCCACCUGCAGCUUAUCUCAAAACCGAGUCACCAGUUCAACGUACUCAACCAGCAGCUAAGGCAAACGCUGUCGUUGGUGAGAUGCCAAUUACAAAUCCUGUUCGUCUCUCUGGUAAGCGUGGUCACAUCUGGAUUGUUGACACAGGAGCCUCCAAUCAUGUUUGUUGUGAUGACACUGUGUUUGAAUCUUGUCAUAAUAUUAGUCCUCUUCAGGUUGGCCUGCCUAAUGGUGUCAGCAUACAAGCAACCAAAAUUGGCAUUGUGCAGUUAAAUGAUUUUCUUAUAUUGCACAAUGUGCUGUUUGUUCCUCAAUUCACAUGCAAUCUUCUCUCAGUUUCUCAACUUUUAUCUUCAUCGCAUGCUACUCAUGCACAAAAGAAUAAUAUAAGUGUUCAAUUCACUAACUCUGAAUGUGUUAUACAGGACCAUACUUUGAGGACGAGGAUUGGUAUGGGUAAGCUCAUGGAUGGGCUGUAUUGCUUGAUGGGGAAACCAGCUCGUGUCAACGUUGUGUUAGAGAAGACUGCAACAUAA